UUAUGCUAUGAAUGAGUAAGUUUUGUGUCUAUAAGUAUGUAUGCAUUCUCAAUUUGGAAGGAACUAGUCGAUUAUGCAGCUGAAACAGUGCUUGCUUCGGAUACGAAUUGCAAUUCCAUAGCCUUUCCGAGGCAAAAAUGAUGGGGUCCACUACUCCAUGAUCGUUCCUGCCUUGCAGAGAAUGAUAACACGCUGUGCUUCUCAAUUUCUACAAGAAUGACCUACUUAAAUUAUUCGCCAGUAAUUGCAGAUUUCAUCUAUUGCUCACGGAAUGUUUCAUUUUAUUUGGUUGAUUCUAUGGAAUGUGUAUGUGCAGGAUGUCGAAAUGAUCGGGGUUUUAUUUUUUCUGUAUUUAACUCAAGAUCGUUAGUGAUCGAAGUUUGCGCAGGCAGGCAACUCAGGCUCAAGGCAAGGUUCUGUGCAAAGUAGGUUACGGAUGAGAUGAGGGUUAUGGAUAUUGUUCUCAACAAAAUAAGGAAAAUCUCAUAUUAAAGUGUCCGUCGAAUCUUGUUUUUUCCUAUGCAUGUAUGACAAUAAAACGUUUGUCUGUUGUUGUAGAAAAGGGAUUUGUUGAUAACAUGUCUAGGUUUGUAGUCACGUUAUCAAAACUCACAAGGAAACCUGGCAAUCAUAAUGGAGAAUAUUGAUACUUUCUCUUCCUCCUGUAGCUCUGGGUCUAGACUAGUUAUCAAGAUAUGGGAAUAAUUUUAGCAGAAAACGGCCAAAAGAGCAACUUAUUGUUUCAUUUUUGUCCGAAGUAUUGUUUUAUUGUAUACAAUAACAGUAAAACCAGAGAAGACCGUGAAGUAAAUAGGCCUUGGCUGGUGCAAUUAUAAAGUAAAGACUACCAUUAUCAAUCAGUCUUAUGCUGAACUAGGCCUACACAGUAAGCUACAGACCUCCAAAAAGGAAUGGGUGAAAAAAUGGAUCUUACUGUUUCUCCUCUGCAGCCAUAGGCAGACCUUGUGUCAGCUUGGAAAUGGGUUGAGGGCAACUGUUAUAUUUGAUUUGUUUUACUUUAUAAUUGAUCAAGGCUGUGAACACAAGAGAAUGUAGCGGUUACAGAGUUUAUGCGUUGUAUUUCGUCUGGGAUCACAAAUAUCCAAGAUGAGGACCAAAGUAGACAAGGAUCACAAGAAGGUUACAGAGGCAAAGCUCAAGAUGAGCAUGACCUCCCCAAAAGUUGUGCUGGAUGCAGAAGACUGUGCCAAGCUGCUUGAUGGCAUGGGCAAGACAUCUGUUGUUGUGGUAGAGCGAGGGGGGAAAAUGGUGGCAGCGUUACCAAGUACAUCCACAUCUUCUACAUUAUCUUCCUCUACGUCGUCAGGAACAACAAAGUCCAAAGGUGUCUCUGCUUCACAGCUGAAGUCAAGCAAGUCUCCCAGCAAUGUGCACCAGCCUAGUAGCAGUGGAGCAUCAGAGGGGAAGAAUGACAAUGAUGGAACCAAAUCCCCAACCAGCUUGCACCAUAACCAUAAUAAGCGUGAGGUUAACAACAAGUCUGAAGUGACGACAAAGGCAAUUCCCAAACCUCCCAAGAAACGACGUGGAAAUGACAAAAAAUUUGAAAGUGUUGAAUCAACCCCUGCAUGUCUAAGCAAUGGUGAAGCAACUUCCACGUCAGCCUCUUCUUUUACAGAUCAAGUUGAAAGUGCUGAGGUGAAGGUCUCUGCAAUUACUCCUUCGGAUGUGUGUUCACAUAGUGAAUCUUCCCAGAAGCACAGUUUGGGGAACUUGUCACCUCAUCAUCCAGGUUCAACUAGUAACAAUAAUAACCACUUGAUCUCAGGGACCCACCUGCUUUUACCUGAAGAGUCAUCACUCUCACAGGGGUCUGAAAAGGCCUCUCUUCAAACCACACCAACAUCGCCAUCAGUGUUACCAACACAAGUAUCGUCAUUAUCUUCAUCUCCUUCGUCAUCUUUGCCAUCUAAGUUUCGUCACAAAGAUCAUUCACAGGCUCAUGAAUCAUAUCAGAACGCCAUUCAUAAUUCGGCUUCCAAUACCCCGAAUGUUGUUUACAGCAAAAACUGCUUUGAUACCCCUAUUUCUUCGGAGAAGAGCUCUGAAAUCGCAGCAGAUAUUGUCGUCUCUGAACAGGGGCAUGGCUGUGAGGUAGGGCUGUCACUCGGCUCUUCUUCCACUCCAGCUGUGAAAAGUGGGAAUUUCCAGCAACUUCCAGAGCAAGAAGAGCCGAUGAACUUGUCUACCUCCUGUAAGUCAGCCGUAAGCUUGGUGUCCAGUCAGACGCAGGCUGGCACCAGUCCUAAGGAGAGCAAUGCCCUGGAAGAAGUGGCUGCAUCUCUUGUUCCACAGCUGUCUCCCACACAGGGAUCCACAAAUGUUUCUGUGCCGAGUGCAGUCUCACUCAAACCCCAACCUACUGCUCAGAGCUCCGUACAUGGUAAAAAAUCAAGGAAAAAAUCUCCUAAAAGGUCUAGUGUGAUUGAGAAUGGGGACACCUAUGUGCAAAGAAAACCCCUUUCAUCUCCAAGCAAUGGAAACAGUUCCAUUAUUGACAAGAUGGAUGUAAGUGAAAAAGUGACUGAACCAGCGUCCGGAUCCUCUGAGCCUGUGAGCGGUGCUGUGCAGUGUCAGGACACAUCUUCUCCAAAUGUGCCGUCCGAAGUAUUGCAAAGAAUAAAUGUCUCGUCUUCUGUACAAGAGAAAGUAAUAACCGAUUCUUCUGCUGAGCCGCCUGCUUCUCUUUCCACCAAGGUAGACUCUCAAUCUAAAUGUGAACUUGUCCCAUCAGCUACUUCAUCUGUCAAUCCUGCCACCCUCUGUUCGAAUGGUCACCUCAGUGAGACAAGUAGCACCGCUACCUCCACUCCAGCUACUGCUGACAUUUGUAGUAAUAAAGACACGUUGAAAGUCCCGAGUCAAGCACCUAGUAUUUCUACUGAGACUUCUGCAAAUGCGAAUUCAGAUAAAAAAGUUGUCAAAAUAAAGAGACCUCCAAAGAAAAGAAUUGAAAUUCCAAUGGAUGAAGUGUCAUGUGCAGACAGAACAGCCCAGUACUUACAGACAAUUAAUGAUGUCAUAGAAAAUUUUGUGUUUGUGCCCGAACCUCCUGAAGAAGAGUGUUGUUUGACAGAAGAAGAGGAGGCCGCCAUUAGAGACCUGUUUGAGGAACCACCAAAGGCCAAGAAUGCUGCACAGAACCGCAAAAAGACUGGUUCUGCCUCUGCUGGCCACACAUCCAGCAGAGGUGCCUCUUCUGUGGGGAGCAGUCACUAUGCGAAGGCCAAAGCUGUUGGAGGUACAGCAGCGUCAAAACCGCCUAAAAAGCGAGUCACUGCAGUAGUUGCUGAGGUGGGAAUCUCUACUAAGAGUGCCGAUUCAGACCUUGAUCAGAGUAAUGUGGCGAAUGUGGUGGACUCUGUGGUAGCAGAUGGUAGCCAAUUGACCAGUGCUGCGAAAUGUGAUAAUGUUCCUACAAGUGAGACUCAGGUUAAGGUGGCAGUCAAAUCUGAUACUUCAGUGAAAAGAAAAAAAAAGUCCAAAAAGCCUGUGAGUAAUACUCCAGAGUUAUCUGAAGAACAUGGUGUUCACGAUGAGAAUGAAGGAUUUAGCAAAGUUGAAGAAAGUACAUCAGCUGUGUGCAGCAGUGAAAAGGAAGCGAAAAGCAAAGGUGUUUCUGUUUCAAAGGAAUCGAAUUUGUUGGGUAAAAAUGGUGAAAGUGUUAAAGAUUGCAGCAAAGUAUCAUCCACUUCCUCAAAACCGAAAAAGAGAAAAAAAACUGCAGGAAAGCCUAAAGUGUCUCAGUUAGCACCACCAGAAAGUGAAGUACAGGUUGCAAACCAUGUAAAUGUCGAGACUUUAGUACCCCAAGACAAAGACUCUGUUGUGUCAGGAAGGGUGGAGACCUCCGAUAUAGGAGAGAGCAUUGCAUCAACAUCUGGUGGGUCUGAGCAAGACACGCCGGUGCAUGAGCCUGAGACAAAGGAUGAGAUGACAAAUACAGAGAUAGAAGCCGGGGAGAGCCAGGACACCGGUCUUGAGAGUGCGGGGGAGGACAACAAGCCAGUGAGGCGCUACAAGAAGCGCCUCGAUUUUGUCAAGUGCAGCCAGUGCGACCACCAGGCACGGGGCCGUUCAGCUCUCAGCCGGCACAUGAAGAAGGUGCACAUGCUCGAAGUGAACAUGCCCUACAAGUGCCCUCACUGCCACUAUGGCUGCACUAAGAUGGCCUCUCUCAACAGACACCUGUUCACACAUGGGGUGUUCCCAUGCUCUCGCUGUGACUUUGAGACUGACGAACGUGCCAAGCUACUAGAGCACAUCAGCGAACUGCAUAAAGACAAGCUAGACAUGAAGCUGUGCAAGGUGUGUAACCGUUACAUCAAGUGCGACCAAAUCACAAUAGAAGAGCACACUGAUAAUUGUCAGGGCCCAACGCCAUUCAAGUGCUCUCAGUGUGACAAAGAGUUCAAGUACGCAUCCUCUCUCAAGGUGCAUUUUCACACGCACUUCCCCGAUGAACCGAAGCGGUUCAAGUGUGAACUGUGUGAGUAUCGCACCAACUAUAAGGCCAACUUGCACAAGCACCACAAGAACAUGCAUGCCUCAAGGGACCGGGACGUGCAGUGCCCAGACUGUGGUAAAAUGUUCUCCACCGAAGACAACAUGCGUCGCCAUAGGAAGGUUCAUACUUUGGUUCGACCAUUUGCGUGUGAAACAUGCAAGAAGACUUUCAAAACAUCAGGUGCUCUGAAAGGUCAUCAACUGAUACACACUGCUACUCGGCCGUAUUCCUGUAACAUCCCUGGCUGCAGCCGUAGUUUCCGUACACCAAAGUUCCUCAAGAGUCACCAGGAGGAGUUUCAUCGCCUGGUACCAAAGAAGUUUUUCUGCAAUGUCGAAGGUUGUAAUUUUUCCUUCUUCAAACGGAGUCAUCUGAAACGCCAUGCCAUUACGCACACAGGAGAACGCAACUACCACUGCACUUGGCCCGGCUGCAGCAAAUCUUUCCGUCAUGCAGACAAUCUCAAAGUACAUUUUCGCAGUCACACCAACGAGAAGCCGGUGCAGUGCCACCUCUGUGACUUCAAGUGUAAGCAGCGGAAUUCGUUGUUCUGGCACAAGAAGAGGGUACAUCAGGUUAUCGAUACUUCGGCCUUGCCUCGCCGCUCAGACCCUGGCAGUAGACCUGGCUCUUCAGAGGCCAGCAGCGAUUCAUCCAAUCAGGUGCCAGACAGUGUAGACAAGGCAAGAGACUCGCCAGCCACACCUUCGACAACAAAAGUUGCUGCUGAGACUGGUUUGAAUGAGUCGGGGAACAUUCCUCCCUCAGUUACCUCAGGGGCAGGAGAAGUGACCCCAGAAAGUCAGGCUCCUGGUCAGCACCAUGUUGCGGAAGAUAUUGAGCAAGAGGCGAUGGAAACAGUCACUGCUUUGGACCCAGUGCGAGAAAGUAUGAACAGCCCAGAGUUUCGGGGGCCCAAGGACUUGUACGAGUUCAAGAGUGAUGAUGAAUCGGAGGAAGAGUCUCCUGGCAACUUUCGACGGGACAAAGUGGCUCUCACGGUCCUCACCCCCCUUCCACCACCACCUAAAGAGCUUUUGAGGAAGAAUGAGUUGCAGGAGAAAAAGGAGAAGGAGAAGAUCGAGAAGGCGGAUAAAAAAGAACUUGAAAAGAAAGAGAGGUUAGAGAAGAAAGAGCAAGAGAAAAAGGAGAAGGCAGAAAAAAAAGAACUAGAGAAAAAAGAAAAAACGGAACAGAAGGAAAAAGAGAAGAAAGAAAAGGCUGAGAAGAAGGAGCAAGCAAAACAAGAAAAAGCUGAGUUGAAGGAGAAGGAAAGGCAAGAAAAAUUGGAACUGCUGAAGAAACAAAAAGAGGAAAAGGCUGCCCAAAAAGAACAGGAAAGAAAAGCAAAAAUAGAAAUGAAGGUAAAAGAGAAAGAAGAAAUUAAGGAAAAGGCAAGGCUAGAAAAAGAGGAGAAAAUGUUAGAAAUUGAAAAGAAAAAGAAACAAAAAUUGGAAGAGAAAGAAAAGAGACAAGCGAAGGAGAAAGUUGAAAAGGUGGCAGAACAUCCGGAUCCAAGUUCUGGUAAAAAAUCUCCUAGAAGAAAGAAGUCUCCUGCUCGAGGAGACAGUGAUGUUGUGGAGAAGAAGUCCGAACCCAUCAAAACUGUAAAGGGCAAGAGGAAAAGAGGUAGUGAUGUGUCUGUCGACAAGUCCAAGAAUGCUGAAGACAAUAAAAUGGCCGGCUCCCCCCCAAAGAAGAAAAAGAUCUCCCCUAAAAAGCCGAAUACCUCAGAACCUCCAGCAGGACCUGUCAGUUCUCCUCGUUUGGCUGCAAGAAAAUCCCCAGCGAUUGUGAAAAAAGUGGCUUCGGUGAGUAAACUGAAGAAGAAAACACCUCCCAAAAGGAAACCUAGUGCCAGAAUCAAAGCGAAAAAAGCUCUUGCAAAAAAAUCCACAAAGUCUCCUAAAACUGCAAAAAAGAAGAAAUCAAUGCAGAAAGUAAUUGUAAAGAAAAGGCCAGGGCGUAAAAGGGGACCAACAAAGGAUAAAGAAAAGGAGGAAGAAACAAAAGAAGAAAAAGAAGAAGCAGAAGAAACCAAGGAAAAUGUAGAAAAAACAGAAGAACCUGCUGUUGUACAGAAGGAGGUGGAGUUGGAGGAAGAGGCAGAAGAGGAAGUUGUUGAAACAGAAUCUCAACCUGACCCCCCAGUAGAAGUGCCCUCCAGACCCGAAGAAGUGGCGUCUUCAAGGCCAGCUUCACCAGAGUACAGUGAAGAGAACAUGAUACAGGGUGUGGCAAGCCCCUACCGGGACUUUUCAGAUGCAGACAAUCUCGAGGAAGAGAAUAUGCCAGUGGAGACUGAGAAGGAAGAUGAAGGGAGAUCUCCGAGCCCAUGUCCACAGCCAGAGAGUCUUGAAGAUCAGGCAGACUCUGAGGAGGCUAAAGCUCCAGAAGAAGAGCAGAUGGUGAAUAACGUGGAAGAGGAAAUUGUAGAUGAAGCCACCUCUUAUGCGGUGGAAGAGAGUGACGACGAUGAAGUUAGCAAUGAUAUCCCCCUGACACCACCACGUGCCCCGGCUCCACCGCCCCCAGAGAGCUCAGAGGAUGAGAUGGAGCAGGAAGACCCAGAGCCUGCACCUUUCUCCGUCCCUGGGCCAAACACACCAUUUUCUGUGCCAGGUCCCAAUACACCGUUCUCCGUGCCGCCCCCAACUAAUCUGGUCCAGCAGCAUUCAGUCCAUUCAGAGGAGGCUCCCAUGUCCGCAGUGCCCUCUGUGCCGUCUAUGGAGAAUCUACACUCAGCCGGCUCAGUAGACGCACAGCAGCCUUUGGGCUCAGUGGAAAUGCCUCACCAUGGUUCUGUGGAGACGAAUCACCCUCAUGGCUCGGUGGAAAUGCAUUCACACAGCUCCAUGGACAUGGCCAGCCAUGGUGGAAUGGAGAGUCGGCCCCAAGGCUCAGUGGAGAUGCAGCAGCCGCUUGGCUCAGUUGAGAUGCAGCACUCCCAUGGCUCAAUCCCAGAGCCCAGGUCUCAGCCGGAGCGGGUCGUUAGUGCUGAGCAGACCCCCGAGGGUGUCGUGAGGGAUGGCAGCAGCUCUCUGCCAGACACGAGCAGUUACAGCCUGCCCCCACAGCCUCUGCCAGAACACUCACAGCAAACCACAGAGGCUGCCAAAGAGUACUUUGACGAGUAUCUGAAGUCUCUGACACACACACGAGGAGCUAGUAUGGUACCCUCCCCUGGUGGCUUGCAACAGCUAGAGGCCAUGGUGGACAAGUCUGGGCCCGGGUCUAGGGAAAUGACAAAGUCUCCUGCUACUGGCCUUCCCACCUCUGUUAUAACCUCCAAUCUUGAUGGUACCCUCCCAUCCUUGGCACCUGCAGAUCUUCGUAGUCGAAUGGAUGCCCUGGCCGCUUCAGAACGGCAUCACGAGUCAUUUUACCCCCGAGAUACAGCGUCGGCAUUGCCUCGUCUUCCAGAGAGACAGACAGCCACGCCUCUCGCUCCCAAUGUGGGGGCUCCUCCUCCUCCUCCUGCCUUUGACACAUUUUCAUCCCUGAACUCACUACACUCAGCAGCAACAGUGCCUGGCAGUAGAGAGAGUUCGUACCUGCGUCAACCAGACAACCUGUUCUCUGGCCCACCGGUAACAAACAGCUUUAUGGCGGAGGCCAUGUUCCCGCGACAAGCCAUGACUACACCGUUCCUGACCCCACAGCCAACAGAACGCAGCAGCCUGUCACGCAUACCAGACUCGACUCCUCUGCGUUCUAGCACCUCCAGCUCCUUGUUGCGUCGCACAACUACCAUGCCAGGGUCAGAGAUGUUCCCAGCACCACCCAUGCCCCAGGCAAUGCCACGACAUCCAUUCUCUAAUGCCUGGACUGGUCAGGAUGGUAGGCCGACACACUGGCAGAAUCCGUACCUACAGAGGCAACCUAACAUGGCAACUGCAAGUAAUCCAUUCUUUCCCAGCAAAGAGAAUUAUCUGGGCAGUCGGGACUUUAUGUUUGACCCCUCAGCUAGGACCUCAACUGAACGUGGAAUGUUCCCUUGUCUGCCUUCAUCUCAAACCCAGGACUCUUUUCAGCUGGAUCGUUUUGAUCUGAGCAACUAUUUCCCCAAUGCCAUGACUCCUUACUCUGGCUCACCGGGGUCCCUGGACUACACGCGAUCUGCACACCCAACGGCACCCAAACCCUUUGAUGAGCGCUACCGCCAGACAGCGGCAGCGGCUGCCACGGCAGCCAUCCAAGACUUCCGGGCUUUGCCCCCAACUACUGCAUCAACAGACAUGUUCUCCAGCAUUGGUGUGAACAGUGGCUUCAACCUGUACGCAGGCACAGCAGCGUAUGGCCAGCAUGUGUCGGACAAUGUGAACAGUGCUUUCCUCAGCCACCCGACGACAGCACAACACGCCAUGUUGGAGAGAGACUAUGCUGCUGCGGCUGCACACCGCGGCUUCUAUCCACACCAGAACACUCCAUACCCUUUCAUAGAGGAUCGCCAGUACCCAGGUGCCUCCAAACUCAGUCAUGCUCACGCCACAUCAACCACAGGCACUCAGGAGCGUGACCUCAUGAGUCGGUCAGCUGUCCCAGAGAGUCAGAUGCAGGACCCUUAUCGCACCAUGCUUUACAGAUACUAGAUAGGUUUUUCUCCAUCUCCACUUCCAAAGCAGUGAGGGCUGAUGCUGCCACUGUGUGAUGGCGGUUUGUAGCUUUUUGUGCUGAAGCCAGUGCUGCAGUGCUGAAUUGACACCUCCAGGUUUUCAGACAAAUAGAUGUAAGAUCGUUAUUGCAGCGUGCUUUACUUGCAGUUGCUAAUGUCAGUUUCUAUCGAUGCAGUUGCACAGCCAUUGUGAAUUUUGGUGACUUGCUAUAAACUCCAUGACCAUAAACAUCAUCCCUUGAACACAGUAAUAAAAUAUCAAACUGAGCUCUCACAGCUUCCUAUGCAAGAGUGUAGCAGUGCAGUGUUUGUGGUUCAUGUGAAGCAUUUUGCCAUAUAGAGAGAUAACUGUGUUUUAAACACAACUAAGUGAAGCAGUGCUCUUAAAAAUGCACACAUGUACCCGAAAUUGGAUAGGUCUGCGCCUUUGCAGUCAUUUUUCCUUUCAUAGAUGCCCCUUGUUUUGGAAGUCUAUCUGUAAUGGAUGUGUGGCAUAAUUUGUAGGUACCAUAGCUAUUCUUCAUAAUGAAUUGAUUGCAAGGGCUGAAUGUUACCUUAUGAUUAUGAUAGCAUGCUUUUAUUGACAGUGAGCAUUUGAGUUAAUUGGGAUUUUUGUCAAGGGUAUGCAAGUAUUGAGGUUUGUCUUUCUUCAAGGGUCUCUUAAACUACAUCACGGGGAUUUUUUUUAUUAUAAGAGAACAAUAGUUUGUAGUUUGUGUUAAAGUUAUGAAAUAAUAAGAAAAACAUAAAUGAAAAAUUGUUUCAAGCUUGUCAUUCAUAGGCGUUCACAGCCACUGAUGUGCAUAAUGCCAAAGAUAAACAUUGCUGUAAAACAGUUCCAGAAACUUUUCUUUUUUGUGCCAAUGUAGUUGAAAUCCAUGUUUAUGUCCAUAUAUUUGUAUUGUUAUUUUGAUUUUAUGGGAUUUUGGGUUUUUUUUCCUCACUUAUAUGAUUUAAUGAUUUUCAGGAGAAUUGUGUAGUACAGAUUCCUCACAAGCUUUCUGUCUUGCUGACAGUUGUUCGUUAUUAUUUUUUUCUUUCUUUAACAGUGCAGGGUUCAGCAGAAAUUGUAGUUUGUGGAAAAGAUUCUGAAUUGAAGAGCACUAUAAAAUGUAUGUCCUGAAAUGUUUUGAGAAAAUUAUGUGAGAGACAAUCAGUGCCAUAGUUAUUGAAGCAUGACUUUCACUGAGUGGAUAUGCCUGUGAGGACGGGGGGGGGGGCGUUUUUUGCUCUGUCAAAAAAAAAGGGGGUGGUACAGAUUUGGGGGAGGAGGGGAGGGUCGGACGAAAUUUUCACUUAUGAAUUAGAUCAGGCAACUCAAAAGUGAUUCUUUUUUCCAGAAAAGAGAGUUACUCAGUUAGCAAGUCUCCCAGUAACACAUCUACAGAUUUAUUGCAAGGCAGCACAGGAGCAGGGGAAUGGAAUAGUAAGAUUUCUUGUUUUGUAAGAGAAUAUUAUUUUCACACAAAUCUUUGUAAAUAUACAACAUAUAUAAUUG